CUAGCAUUAUCAAACACCAGAUGACUGAGCCGGUAUGUUGCAUUUCUGUCUUUUCGACGAAGCUUUUCCCGCGCUGUCGGCUUGUGCCGUGUCCUGUUUCAUCGACAUCCCAUCUCCCCAUCCUCUAGAAUGACAUGGCGGACUAUUGGGGUGGGAUGAAUCUGAAGGAGGGUGUAUCGUCUCCCUUGGCCACCUUUUAAGGCCUCGUAGGUCGAUAUUGAAAAGUCUACUUCCUCUCUGUACCGGCUUUACACCUACUUCGCUCCUUUCUGUCCCUCUUCAGUUCUUCCCGUCUUUUGGAGAGUGUCUAUGCUCAGUCCGACACAGGGUGACCAUUCUACCCGUUCCUAACAUAAACUUACCGACACGAUAAAGUUGUGCUCGCUUGCUGCCAUUCUUUUUUUCACAGCGACGGUCCCUCUCGCCGUCCACCAUGAAGACACUCGCGCUCCUUCUAUCAGCCGGUCUGGUGUCGGCGCGGGUCAAUCUUCCGAAUCAAAUUGGGAUCAAUAGCGUGGCGGGCAUCAACCUCAACCUCAGUGACGGCUCAAACAUUGGUAACGCACAAGGCCUCAACCUGAGCAGCUUCAAGCUCGUCGAUCUAGACCUACAUAAGUGGUCUGGAGAUGGGGGUCCUGAACCUAGGCAGCGUCGACCUCGGAAACCAGGACAUCGUUGCCGAGACCAUCCUGGCUAUGCUAGGAAGGCUCUGCUUGGGCAACGCCCUGAGCCUGCAAAACAUCUGAGCUUUGGGUUCAACAAUGAUGUGGACCUGUUCCUCCAGAUCGCACAGUUGAUGCAGCUGGAGCAGCUCGGGUUUGUGGAUUUGGGAAAGAUCCAUUCGCUGCUUAACUCGGGGCUUGUUCUAGGCGGGUUCGAUCUGGGCGUAUUCAAGCGAGAGAACGAGGUGGCCAAGAAGACUAUGAAGCGCACCAAGCUGCGGCGGGGUCAGAAGGUCAAGCGGCAGUGUGUCACCAUGGGUGCACCCGCGGCGACCUCUGCUGAGGAAGGCAUCUUCACCAUUGCCACGGUUCCGAACCCUGGCAGUCCCCUGGCCGCCACGGCGAUGACUGCCACGGAGGAUUCCGCGGUUGCGACUGAAGCGUCUAGUUCCGUGGCGGCGGCGACUUCGGCGUCCAUUGCGGUAGCUAUAACUGCAUCUGCGACGUCUGCUGUUGGAGCCAUGGCAUCAUCCACAUCUGUUGCCUCGGCUGCCACUUCAGUAGCUGCUGCUGCGCAGAUGUCGCUGCCUCAGUUGCUACCGUUGCUCAAGAAGCCGCUGCCAUCUCCAGUGCUGUUUCGGUCGUCGCUUCUGUCACGCCUGAUGCCUCCCUUCCUGUGGCUGCUGAGACUUCCGCCGCGGCGGCGGGGGCGGCUGGUGCCGUUGGAGGGAUUGACAACUUGUCGGACUUCACUCGUGAAAGGGGUAGCGGCUGGUCUGGGUUAUGCGGCCCUUUUUGAUUAAGGUUGACGAGCCACGGACUUCUGUGACCCCUUCUUCGGUUCUCUAUUCAUUGUCUCAUACACAAUAUAAGGUGCCUACUUGAAACCUUACCAAUUCCCUACGGGUAUAGGGCUGGGGGACCCCAAAUCGAUCUGUAGAAGGUAUUAAGGAGUCAUCUUUGAAUCGAAGUGGAAGGCUAACUAACUUAGGACACCUUAUUGCCUGAGUUGGAGAUCGGAUGACAGUCGAGGUUGAGAUGAUUCGGAAACCCGGAUGCCAUCCGGAAUUCUGGGACCGGCACCGGGUGGCGGGUGCAGCAAUGGAAGGACACACGCCUGUCAUUGCAAUCGCGAGGAACGGGAUCUCAACUGCUUCUGUGCCCGGAAGCAACACAAUUCCGGCAGCCAAGCCUUCCGACCCAGAAUUUUGCCUCAUGCGAGGUGCCGGAUGCUCUGCAGUCGAGUAAUG